AUGCUAUUCCUCCGAGACAUCCUCGCCAUGAGCGCACCGCUCCGCCUCGCGACCCUUGCAACCAUAACUGGAAUACUUCUCGCACGACCAUCCACCGCACAAACAUACACCUCGUGCAAUCCGACACAGCAACAAUGCCCUUCGAAUCCUGCUCUCGGCCGAUCCAUCAGCGUCGACUUCACGGCUGGCGCGUCCAAGGAGUUCACGGCUGAGGGCAACCCUACCUACGGAUCAGAUGGAGUCUCAUUCACAGUCUCGGCAGGCGGCGAUGCACCCCAACUACACUCGAAUUGGUACAUCAUGUUCGGCAAAUACGAGAUCACCAUGAAAGCAGCCCCGGGCGCAGGCAUCGUGAGCUCGUCUGUGCUGCAGUCGGACGACCUGGACGAGAUUGACUGGGAGUGGUUGGGCGCGCAGAACGACGAAGUCCAAACAAAUUACUUCGGCAAGGGCCAGACGACAACAUACGACCGCGCGACGGUGGUCGAUGCGGACAAUACGCAAGGGGAUUUCCACACAUACACAGUCGAGUGGACGGAGGAGCAGAUCGUAUGGCAGGUGGACGGGCAAACAUCACGGGUGCUGAAAGCCAGCGAUGCGAACGGCCAGUUCCCUCAAACGCCAUGCCAGAUUCGGUUCGGCUCCUGGAGUGGCGGCGACUCAUCGAACCCUCAGGGUACCGUCUCCUGGUCACAAGGCCCAACGGACUACAGCGACGGCCCGUUCUCAAUGGUCGUCUCGAAGAUCUCCGUCGUGGACUACUCAACCGGCUCUUCGUACGCCUACGGCGACCGGAGCGGCAGCUGGGACAGCAUCAUGUCUGAUGGAGGAAGAGUAAACGGCAACGUCGGAGGAACCGUCGUAGAUUCGCCUGACCCGACGGUCACAACAGCACCCGGCAGCUCGAUUGCGCCUGCGUGGCAGCAGCCUUCUGGCUCGAUGACGCUGACGUACACCAACUACCCUGGCCUCCCGUCUGGCUGGUCGGUCAACCCGACAACCGGAAAGGUCGUGCCUCCGAGUGCCGCACCUGUGAUCGACAUUCCCAUCCGCUUCGUCUGCGUCGUCGCCGCAAGUCUCGCCGGCAGCUCACUGCUCGGCUUCUGGUUAUAA